UCCUCCGCGGUAAACUUAUGGUACACACUCACCAGUUGCCUUCGACCAGAAGCUACUGGUCCAGUACAAUCUGACAGAUGACUGGUGAGCCUCAGCCAGGUCUUCGGUCUAGCCUAUGGCUCAGGCCGGCGUUUUUUCAGCGGCAAAACCUGUGAGUUUGGUGUUUCAGGAAGACGUUCUCCUGAAGGUGUAGCCUUGAUCUGGGAGAAUGAGCUCCUUUUGGGGCAAUUCAGCUUCUGAUGGAAGGGACCCUAACAACCGCGUGUUCACUGUGGAUGGAUGUCCGAGUGGAGAGUCUCCAGUAACCCCCAGGAAAAGACUUCAAUCUGCCGAGGACGCGCGGUGCAGUAGCCGGCCUCCCCCUGAGGGCGCCGGGUCGGUUUCCAUCUCAGAGUCGGAGGAGAAGGGAGGCUUCUGCCAGCAAUGUCAAAAGAAAGUCACAGAGCUGAAGAAGCAGGCGCUAGCCCUGGCAGACCAGAAUUCACUGAAGGACCCUGGAUAUGCAACCUUCCUGUUUGAGCAGCUCCAAAGACCUGGGAGCCAUGAUGCUGGUGUCAGCUGUUGCCAGGUGUGCUCCACACCUCUCCACCAACUGAGGCAGGAGGCCUUGCAGACGCUCCAUGCUCCCAUCCUCACACUCAGCUCAGACAUGGCAGCCCUGCCCACUACAUCCUUCUUACCACAGCCUGCUAGAUACACUGUGUCGUCCUCCAGCGUCCAUGCAAAACAACUGUCCAAAGGACAAACAGCUGCCCACUCUGUCCUGCCCUUAGGGGAGAGGCACAGGGUACCAGGCUGGUCCCAGAGCCCCUCUGUCACUUCAGGGCCUAAGACAAGUGUCCAGGUGACAGUGGCAGGAGGGCAGAUCAGUGGAUCCCUGAGCUCCGUCACCAUUCAGGCACAGCAGUACCUCGAGGGCAUGUGGAGCAUCUCCAGGGUCAACAACUUCAUUCCUCAGCCUAAACCGGCUCAGGGUUUGAUGGGGGAAGCAGACAGGGAUGUCACAGCCUCGGAGGCCCCAGUCACCACCAUGACCACCAGCAGCAGCACCCUGACGCCCUGCCGACUCAGGAGCUCCAGCCAACCGGGACUCCCAGCACCCGUCACCGCUACAUCCACCUCCCCCUCCCCCUCUCCUUCCUCCUCUGCAGCAGCCUCCUUCUUCAUUAGGGCAGCUCAGAAGCUGAAUCUGUCCUCCAAGCGGAAGAAGCACCAGCCCUCACUGCUCCAUCCACAGGAGCCCUCCAUUUACCCCACCAACUUCAGCGGCAUCCUGCAGGUCUUGCCGCCCCCUGCCCCGCCAUGCCUACUCCGAGCCGUGUCCAAAGUGAAAGAGAACCCAGGGAUGGGAAAGGUGAAAGUGAUGAUGCGUAUCUGUCCAUCUCUGGAGACUGCAGACUCCUCCGAGUCUCAGUCCUUCUUGAAAGUGGACAGCAGGAAGAAGCAGCUGACCCUCUACGACCCCGCGUCCAGCCCACACUCCAGUUCAGGACACAGGAGAUCUGCCACUGUGGCGGUCCCAAAGAUAUUUGCCUUCGAUGCUGUUUUUACCCAGGAUGCCUCACAAGCUGAGGUGUGCUCAGGGACAGUAGCUGAGGUCAUCCAGUCUGUGGUGAACGGUGCAGACGGCUGCAUCUUCUGCUUCGGCCAAGUCAAGCUCGGUAAGCUCCUCCACUGGCAAGAGAUUAGACAAGAGCCUUUGUUAGCUGAAGAAAACUCUCAUUGCCCUUUGUUAGCUGCACUUGAUGUCCACAAUUGGCUUAGCGGUGCACCGGAGUGAGUCAAGGAAUACGGGCACGCGCGUUUCUGUCCGAAGUGUUCGUGCGUGGAAAUCUUUGGGAAAGAUGAGGAGCUGAAGGACUUGCUGUCUGAGGUGUCCACCGGCAGCCUGCAGGAGGGCCAGUCCCCUGGCAUCCACCUGAGAGAGGAUCCCAUCUGCGGCACUCAGCUCCAAAAUCAGAGUGAGCUACGUGCCCCGACGGCUGAGAAAGCUGCCCUCCUUCUGGAUGCGGCCAUCGCCGCACGCAGCACCAGCAGACCCAACGUAGAGGAGGAGGAGCGUCGCAACUCCCACAUGCUGUUCACUCUGCACAUUUACCAGUACCGCAUGGAGAAGAGCGGCAAGGGAGGAAUGUCAGGUGGACGGAGCAGGCUGCACCUCAUCGACCUGGGGAGCUGUGAAAAAGUCUUAAGUAAAAGCAGAGACGGAGGGGGAGGCUUGUGUCUUUCUCUAAACGCACUGGGAAAUGUCAUCAUGGCUUUAGCAAAUGGAGCAAAACAUGUACCUUACAGGGACAGCAAACUGACAAUGUUGUUGAGGGAAUCCCUUGGCAACAUCAACUGCAGAACCACCAUGAUCGCCCACAUCUCUGAUGCCCCCGCCAACUACGCUGACUCCCUCACCACUAUCCAGCUGGCUUCCCGCAUCCACCGCAUGAGGAAGAAGAAAUCUAAGUAUGCAUCCAGUUCAUCUGGAGGGGAAAGUUCCUGUGAGGAGGGGAGGAUCCGCCGGCCGCCCCACCUCCGGCCGUUCCAUCCUCGGACGGUAGCCCUGGACCCAGACCUGCCCUCCAUGCUCAGUGACCCAGACUACUCCUCCAGUAGUGAACAGUCUUGUGACACUGUCAUUUACGUGGGCCCUGGGGGAACUGCCAUCUCGGACAGGGAGCUUAGUGACAAUGAAGGCCCACCUGCCUUUGUUCCAAUCAUCCCCUCCCUGAACAGAAAGAAGUCUGGAAAAGACGGCCCUCUCGACAGAGACCAGUUCUUUAAAUGCAACACAUUUGCUGAGCUCCAGGAGAGGCUGGAGUGUAUAGAUGGCAGUGAAGAACCCACUGCCUUUGUUGGAGAGGGCAAGCGAGGCCAGGCUAGCCCCAAGACCGACUUAUCUAAGGAGAGCCAAGGCUCUGUUUCACCAAAGACUGUAGCAAAUAUUUCUUACACCCAAGAGGGCAUCUCACCCAAACAAUCUCCUAAAUCUGUUACCGCACAACCAUCCUGCAGUCCUAACACUAAAUUGAAACUGGACAAUGCCAAGACACAAUGCAUAGCUGCAGAAAUGGCACCAUCAGAUAGUGUUCAAAAUGUGUGCAGGACCAGCGCUGAUGGCGAGAAAGCCUUGGUUUCAGAAAGCAGAGUUAGCACUAACAAACUCGCAACUGCUUCAGGACCCAAUUCUGAGCCUGUGGUGAGGGAGAAGGUAUACUUCAACAAGAAAGCUUUGCCCAAGCCAGCCCCACCUCCUUUACAGCAGAGAGUGGCAAAUACUGGAAAUGAGGAAAGAUCCAGCACCAGAAUGCCUCCUGUAGGAAUGAGCCACCAGGCUGUGAAAAAGAGGGAUCCUUACACUUCCCCUCUGCUCAGAGCUCCGGUGGAGGUGUGCCAGGUGCGCUCUACCUUGAGGGAAAGAUGUCUGGAUCGGGACAUCCUGAGAGCCACUGUGACGUUGCAGCAGCCCGUGGAGCUUAAUGGAGAGGAUGAGCUGGUGUUCACUGUGGUGGAGGAGCUAUCUAUAGGCAGUAUUGUAGAUAAAGGUCGACCAUCCAGCAUUAUCAGCUUUAACAGUGAUUGCUCCCUUCAGGCCCUGGCCUCUGGUUCCCGACCUGUUAGCAUCAUCAGCAGCAUCAAUGAUGAAUUUGAUGCCUACACGUCGGCCUUGGGAGGAUCAGAGGUGAAUAUCGCAGUGGUCACACCCCUCCAGGAGGGAGCAACGGAGUGUGUAGAUAGCAGCGGUUCAUCUAUCAGCUCUUGGCUGAGUGAGGUUAGUGUCUGCACCUUGGAGAGUGAAGGGGCUCAUUCCACAGACGUCUUCCUUCCACAGGCCAAACACAUGGGACCAGAGGUCGCCUUUUACUUUGAUUCCCUGGAUAUGUUCCAUUGUGUAUCCUCUCCUAGAGAUGCCAAGAACUCCUUAAAUGACAGUGGAUUCAGUUUUUCUGAACUAGACAGUGAUAGUGCCGCCUCAAGCAAACUAUCUUUGACAAAGUGCCCCCCAUCUCCAGAAUCAGCCAAAGGCUCCCUCAGAUUCACAUCUAAAGUAACUAAAGCUCACUCGCUUAGCUCUUCUCAGCUUCCACAGGGCCCCUCCAUAGUCCACUCCAGUCUGCCCAGGAAGAUUAAACCUACCUCAUCCAUCUCUCAUAGUAGUAGCAGUAGCAGCAGCAACAGUAGAGAGCCUCCAAGGCAAGAGGCUAAGCAGGAGGAUCCUUGGCAGCGUGUUGACAACCACUCAGAGCCUCAGUUUUCCGACUCCAGCAGCACCAGCAAAUUCCUCCGAAAUCCCCCCAGUGGCAUCACUUAUAGCAAAACAUCCAACAACAGCAACAGUGUACCUCGCCCACCCAAGGUACAGGGGUCUACCUCAUCCCAGAGGGUGGUCGAUGGCUGUGAGAAGUCAGCCAGUAAGAAUCCACCAAGCAAAAUGCCUCAGCUGAGACGAGGUGCCACCACCCUGGGAACAGUGCCCGUCAUCCAUUCCUCCACAGACUACAAGGGGACCCAAGAUAUUAUUGCAUGUACUACAAGCCUUAAAUACUCCUCCCUGGGGAAAAACAACAAGGCUAGCUCACAGAAAGCGAGCAAUCUCCCUAAACCUGGUUGCACCUCACCUCCCCCACCUCCAGUGAGAAAGUCCAGUCUUGACCAGAAGACUAAGAUCCUGCUGCCCCAAAGUGCCUUAAAGUCAGCAUAUGGGGAAGCAGGAAGGGCCUCUGGAUCAAGGGCUGCUGUAUCAGAGGAUGAGCUUGAGGUACGUCACAGAGUGGACAGUUUCAAAACCUCCAGCCUCAACACAGCCAAAGUUACCUCCAGCUUGAAGAUCAGAGGGCCGAGAGGAGAGGCUGGGCAGCAUUACGGCAGUCAAAUGUCCCUGGAAAGGUGUGAAAGCCUGUCCUUAUCGGGUUCCAGAGCUGCGCUUAGCAGAGAGAAUAGCGGGGCAAGUCUUGGGAGCAAAUCCAGCAAGUCCAUUCCUAGAUUUGGUAUUCCCAAUUCAUCCAGCUCUCCUAUAGCUACAUGCCCAUCAUCUCCAUCAAGUGGAGGAAGUAUUGGCAAACCUGGUCAACAAAAAGCUUCUGUAAAUCCCAGAGCAUUAGGAGCAGUCAAUGGUAGUAAGGCACGCUCACUGUCAGUCAACAACUCCAAGGGCCUAAGCUCCUCUACCAAAUCUUUGGCCACGCCUGUGACCAGAAAUACCAAUGCCAACCUCCCUCCAUCAGGACGGACAUCAGCUCCUCGAGCCACUGCUGCUGUCAGCAGUAAGCCUGGGAGAGGAACUAUCAUGGGCACGAAGCAGGCCAUGAGGGCUGCCAACAGCCGUGUGAGCGAACUGGCAACAGGCAACAUAUCAGGCAAACAAAUGAGAGGUUCAGGAGAUUCAGACAGCGGGAAUGACAGCGGGGUGAACGUGAGUGAUGACAAAUCCCCCAUAGCCAUGCUGCCCUCUCCGUACAGCAAAAUCACAGCACCCAGGCGACCUCAACGCUACAGCAGCGGCCAUGGCAGUGACAACAGUAGUGUGUUGAGCGGAGAGAUGCCUCCAGCUAUGGGCCGCACAGCCCUGUUCUACCACAGUGGUGGCAGCAGUGGAUAUGAAAGCAUGAUCCGCGACAGCGAAGCCACAGGCAGCGCUUCCUCUGCCCAUGACUCCAUGAGCGAGAGCGGCAUGUCAUCUUCAGGCAGAACAAGGAGCUCCAAGUAUCCCAAGAAGAGAGCAAAUGGCUUCCAGAGACGACGGCUCAUCCCGGCACCCCUGCCAGACUCCUCUUCCCUUGGGAAGAAGGUGGGCACAGCAGGCCAGUGGGUGGACUUGCCUCCUAUGUCAGGACCUCUGAAGGAGCCUUUUGAGAUCAAGGUGUAUGAGAUUGAUGAUGUAGAGCGGCUCCAGAGGCGGCGUCAGGAGGAAACCACAGAGCUACCAUUCCAGGAUGUUGACAAGGGCCUGCUUUAUUUCAACAGUAAACUGAAGAUGCUGGAGAGAAGGCAACAGCAAGUGAGGGAACUGAGGGCAAAGUAUGAGGUGUUGUUGGAGGAGCUGGAAGACACCAAGGCCCGACUAAUGAUGGACCCCAGCAAGUGGAUGGGAGAGUUUGAGGUGGACCAGAAUUUGGAUAAAGAGUCUCCGGAGUACCUGGAGGCUUUGGCACAGGCCACAGAGGAGCUGGAGUUUUGUGUCAAUCUAUGCAAGUCCCGUGUCAUGAUGGUGACCUGCUUUGACAUCAGCAUGCCAAAAUCUGGUGCUCAAGAGGGACUGCGUGAAGUAGAAGUCUGAGGACAAAAGAAAGUUGAGGUAGAGAAAUGAGGAAGUGAGAAAACAAAGGAUGAUGAAAUGUAUCUAUUGAUAUCACUGGAAUGAAGAACAACAAGUGACAGAGAUGACAUGAGAGUGGAUCUUUGCAUGAAAACGACGAGCUACAGUGCCUCGCUGACCAGGACAUUUUUUAAUGGCAGAGAAAUGAAACGCGAGCACAAUUGUUGUUGCCUGUCAUGACAAGGCAGUGGCCAUCACCUACUCAAGAGUCAAUGAACAACACCUGGAAGUGCCUUUUGUAUUGUUUUAUUUUGAGUCAUUAUUUUUCAUAUGGUGCAGGUAUCUUAAGCAUACUUAAGCAAACCCUGAACAUAUUGCUUUUAAGAAAAAUAUUUUAUAUUGCAUUGUAUAGUGUAUUUAUAUGAUUAUGUGGUGUGUAUAAAUAUCCUUUUUAAAGGAAACAAAAUAAAGAGGAAAAAAGAAAAAAGCAAUAAGCUAAUGUUAUUGCGCUCCCAGACUUUGCCUUUUCUCUUGUUUCAAACCUCAGUCAGCAUUUUAUCCAUGUUCAUUCAGCCUCUUGCGCCUUAUGUUAACUCUCUGGUUCUGUAGUUUUCUAGAUUUUCAAACUGGACUAUGUUAUCUCAUCAAGGACUGCAUUUGCUGUUGUCACUCAUCACCUGCCAGCUGGCCUGUGAAAGCCAGCAGGGUUGAGUGAAUGUUUUUCCCUCCAGUUGCCUUGAUCAAAAUGGGUCUCAGUGGAUGCACUAAGGUAGAGCAGCAGUUAUGUUGGGGGACGGAGGGCUUAUUCAAGCUGUGCUUGCCUGUGUUUAUCUUACUGAAAAUGAGUGAUUACGCCAAAACAUAUCAAUCAGAGGGCCACUGUGAUGAAUAGUGAGUGAUUAUUCUUGAUUCAGCCAUUCUCUCUGGUGCCUCAAUACAGUAUAUGGUCAAGCAACCCUGAGAGACUUAACCUUCUCUACACUAACCAUUGAGGAUAGCAUGAUGAAUGGUUACACUGAUAGCAGUGCUAAUCCAUGAGCCCAAUUUUUCUCCAAAUGGGCUUUGACUGGGUGCCAUUUAUACUCUGUAAAACAAAGAGGCACAGAUGAGAUUGCACAAGUCUACUGGCCUCCUAUACAAUACUUUCAAGCGCUACCAAGCCUCGGCUCUAUGCAUUCCAAUACAUUUACUGCAAUUACUGUAAGAACCUCAAUGCUGACUAAAGGGCAGCAACACAGUUUGGCCUCUUUUGUUCCGUUAUAUUUUAUUUUAAUUUUUUUUUAAUAGGCAAAUUAAGAAAGUUGAUCCAGUGUCUCAAACAAUGACUCAUGAAUUGUUAGUUUCCUGUGAAAUGAUGCAGUGAAUAAGAGGAAAUGAUCGGGACAUUGUUUAGGAAAAUCAAUCAUGAUAUCAGCUCUUUGUAGCUGCUAUAAUGUGCUUGUUAAUGGCUGACACAGAGAACAAAGAUGAUCGGUAAAAAUUAUUGUUAUGAAAAACAAACUGGCUUUGUUGUAUUUUGGUAUGUUUGAUUUCUAUAUCUGUGACAAAUAUGACUUUGUUUUUUUCUUUCUUUUACAAAGAUGUACUCUCUCAGGCCCUCUCUGAAGAUGCUGCAUGAGAUUUUUUAAUCAUUUUUUAAGAAUGAUUUCUACUCCAUUUUUAUCAUUCUAAUUUUUUACAAUAACUUCAGUUUUCACUAAUGUGGGGUUAGGCUCAUAAAUUAAAUAACUAUUACCAAACCAAGACCUUUUUUCCAAGAAAUUAUUAUAUGUGAGGUCAUAUUUCAUAUCAAAACUCAUAUUUUCGAAUAUCUUUGUUUUUGUAUAGGAUUUUCAAACCCUGUGUAUAAAUGUACGAUAUGGCAGCUUGUGUUUUACUUUUACAGUACCUGUGAAUAAAAUGUUUCUUCUAACUGA